AUGUGGCGUCGGCCCAGAGCGAGUUGGGCUUGCCUGGAAUGCCUGCGUCCCAGUGGGUCAAGUCCAAGGAGCCGUCUUCGCUUUUCUUGGGUCUGGCGUAGAAGCCGAACGGGUGGUCCUUUCUCCACUGUUUUCUUUCCUCCUGCAACCGGGUCUUACAAAGAGACAUGGUGUCGCGGGCGGUGGUUUUUGUUGGAGAUGUUUUUGCUUUGGUUUUUUGUGCGCGCGGCCUGUACAUGGGGCGGCGGCGGCGGCUCCGGGCGAAGAUACUGGGCGAGAAAGGCGCUUGGCCGCGCGACCGCGCUAUCUAUUGGAUGCUUUGGCCCGAUAUCUUUUGGGCGAACGCUGUCGGCGAAGGCUACCGAAUUUGGCUGUCUGGACGACCUAACUGGGCAAAGUGGGGAGAUCUGGAAAAGCCGGAACAGCUGGGCGCAUGGGCACAUCCUGUUUUCUGUCCGUCCAUUGGCCCUAAUGUAUGUACUUCGCCUGACUUCCCUCGCCCAAUGUCAUUUUCACUUUCGGGCUGAAGACCCCACCAUGAUUGCAUGGAGGCACCUUGACGGUCUUUCUGGUGUACUGUUGCAUUCAUGGACUGGUCUGGGCUUCCUGCCGUAG